GCUAACCUCCAAAGUCCAAAGCGUAAAUUCCGAAGGCUGGUAGGCGACCAACAGAGGCCCCCGUGCCGUGCUCUGCUCUACUCAUGGCAGACCAUCGCCUGGGAAGACGCGGGGGAGAAAUUCUGGAGAUCUAAACCCCGGCACGCAGCCAGGGGAACCGGGAGCUACAGGUCGCCAUCAAAUCCACUUCUUGCCGCUUCAGGAAUUGGGGAAUUCUUCUUUCGGCCGCAUCUUGAUUUCUUGUGUCGAGUGCCAUUUGUCGAGCUGGAGGCCAGAGCUUCGUGGCGGCGCCGGCGAAGAUGAGCAGCGGAGACGGUGCAAAGAGCAGGAGGACUGCCUCAGAUGGGAUGAGGAAGCUCAGAGAGUUGAUGCACAAAAGCGACAACCUCAUAUGUGCUGACUGCAGUGCACCUGAUCCCAAAUGGGCAUCAGCUAAUAUAGGAGUAUUCAUAUGCUUAAAAUGCUCUGGUGUUCACAGAAGCCUUGGGACACAUGUUUCAAAGGUUCUGUCAGUCACUCUAGAUCAAUGGACUGAUGAUGAAAUUAACUCAAUGAUAGAAGUUGGUGGAAACUCUUACGCUAAUGCUAUAUAUGAAGCAUUUCUUCCAGAGGGCUAUCACAAACCGCAUCCAGAUUCUAGCCAGGAAGAGAGAGCUGAUUUUAUCAGGUCCAAGUAUGAGUCGCAAGAAUUUCUGAAGCCAAGACUAAGGAUAGUUUCUAGUAACAGCUCUUUGGAGGCUACCUACUCUCGAAAACAUACGGUCAGCAAUGCUUCACAUUCUGCAAGUUUCAACAGUGAGGCUGGCAUGGUUGAGUUUAUUGGAAUACUAAAAGUUAAAGUAAUAAGAGGGACUAAAUUAGCUGUAAGAGACCUGAUAAGUAGUGACCCCUAUGUUGUACUGACCCUAGGGCAGCAGAAAGCAAAGACAUCAGUGGUUAAGCGUAAUCUAAAUCCUGUUUGGAAUGAAGAACUUAAGCUGUCAGUUCCUCAGCAAUAUGGACCUCUCAAGCUUCAAGUGUUUGACUAUGACAUGCUAUCGAAGGACGACAAAAUGGGUGAGGCUGAAAUUGACCUGCAGCCGAUGAUCAGUGCAGCUACUGCGUUCGGUGAUGCUGACCUGCUCGCAGACAUGCAGAUCGGCAAAUGGCUCAAGUCCCCGGACAAUGCGCUUGCCAGGGACAGCCCUGUCAAUGUCGUCAAUGGCAAGGUGAAGCAGGAGGUCUCGUUGAAGCUACAGAACGUGGAGUCCGGGGAGGUGGACCUGGAGCUGGAGUGGAUACCUCUCAAUCAGUAGAACUAGAACAUUCUUCGCUCGCCCUUUCAUAACCAUAACAAUAAAUUAAUGUGCUUGAACAGAGAUAUGGGCACACAGUUAAACAAAAACUAGUAAAAUAUAGUUAUAACCCAUUCCAGCUUUGUACUAAUUGUUUCCAAUUCAUAAAGUUUCCUGUUAUAGUAUCAUCUAUCCAUUCUAAUAGUAACUUUGUUCUGGUCA